GCGGCGGGUGAAUACCCUCCUCGUCACGUACGGGAUCAUUAGCUGGAUAUCCUUGGUCCCGUUGGCCAACCCUAUCCGAUAGCGGUGAUCCUCGUGCUUGACAUCAUUAUCCUUGGAUGCUGCGGAGCGCCAACGCGGUCCGACCAUAUCUCGCCGUAGACGGAUUUGCUAUUCGGUCUUUCGAUACUGCUACGUUCUCUUCUCGCGUCUUUUGCAUCUUCCUCGCUCUCUCCUUCAUCUCAUUCGUAUUAAUCUAUCGAUCCGGCUCGAGUGAUGUACAGUUAAUUGUUAUACAGUGAAUAUACAAAAAUCGUGAUAGUAAACAAAUUUACUUUUCACGACGGAAUAAUAGUUGCGUGACAAUGGACGUGAUUGUGAUAGUGAUUUGAUCACCUUUUGAUUUUUCGAUAGUGUACAUUGAGGUAAAUCUAUGUGACGAUAGGAAUGGCGUAAUUUAUUUGACUAGAAGCAAGUGAUUUCGUUUGACUGUAAUCCUGAUAGUGACGAUUAAAACUGUUGAUUAUGGUGAAGAAGAAAAACUGAUUAGAAUAUUCAGCUACGUGCUGAAAAGAAAGAGAAAAGAAUUUGUGAUAAAUAUUUACACUGAUAUAAUGUCCUAACAAAAUUCGUAAUUUAUUGAUCUAUAAUAAUUGUAAAUUACUUUAUAAAGAUACUGUCUAAAAUUAAAUUAACGCAAUCUUGACAAAAUAAUGAAAUAAUUUAAUGGGUGGUUAAUAACGAUCAAAAGAUGAAUGCUUGAUCAAUAUUAUCUGUAGUAUUAACGUGCGACAAAUAUAUAUAUUGAGAAAAAAGAAUAGUUUCCAAAAUUACAAUGGAGACGAACGACCCGUCGGGCAGAUUAACGGCGGAAGACUUAUCGGAUUGUAUAAGCGACAGUAGCCAUUCGGAAUCGCAAUUAAGAGCGUUUCAAAGUUAUGAGCGCAUUAAAGAGUUGAAUCUGUCCAUUGAUAAAACUGAAGAAGAUACAUCAACGGAACCGAAGGAUUUUCAUCUUAAUCUUGAAGGCGGUGGAAGAACAUCUCUUCGAUUCGACGAAUUUUCAUGCGAAAAUCCAACGAGAAAUCUGACUAUGACACUGAAUAAGACUAAAGAUUUCAGUUAUUCUGCCAAUAACUUGAAUGAAAUUAAUUAUUCACUGGACAGAUCGAACGAGAACGAAGAAUCGUCAGAUGCUACGACGACGCUUUGCAGAUCCAAAAACUCCAGCUCCAAGAACGUAUUGUUUAAUUUGCGCGAGACCAAGCAAAAGAGUCCUCAUACAUCAUUAUCCUCCUUAGACAGAUACAGCAAGGAUCUCAAUUUUGUAGUGGAGAAAGAGAUGAAGGACUUUGGCUUGCUCAAAAAUUAUAGUCUCGAUCGCAUGAAGGAGUUCAAUUUUUCCUUAGACAGAAUGAGAGACAGCCACAUUAGCAGUCUAGCUCUGGAGAGGCUGCGCGGCGGCGCCGGUUUGCUAGAGAAUCCGAGCAUGCUGGAACACAAGGAAUUCAGAAACUUGCAAGUGCAACCAAGGAACCCCGACCUCGAAACCAUAGCAUUGGAACGCAUGAGACGCUCGCAUCUCCUGAGUACGGAAUUAUCCGCGCAAAGCCUGUCGACGCAAGUGCCACAUCCGCAUUCAAUCACGCAUAUGCAGCACUCUCAACAGCAACAGCAGCAACAAGCUAAAUCCUUCACUAUCGACGCGAUUUUAGGCCUGAGGAAUAAUCAGCGAGAGAAGCGAAGUCAACAACAGCAGUACAGAAAACAUCAGGGCCAAGAAAGCACAACAAAAAACAGUAGCUCGAGUUCUGGUUCUAGUGGGGGCGGAAAAGUAAAAAGGGUGCGAACAAUCUUCACGGCGGAGCAAUUGGAGCGUCUGGAAGGCGAAUUUGCACGUCAACAAUACAUGGUGGGCCCCGAAAGAUUAUACUUGGCUCACGCACUUCGAUUGACCGAGGCCCAAGUCAAAGUCUGGUUUCAGAAUCGUCGCAUCAAGUGGCGAAAAUUGCAUCACGAGCAACAAAGUCAGAGGGUGCACGAAUUUCAACGCACUUUGAAUACCUCUUUGGAGCACGAGGAUAGCAACGAGACCGACAAAUGGUGAAAUAGGAAUUUACGAUCUACGCGUUUCUUUACCGUGAUUGUCGUUUUAUUUCUUCUUGUUUAACUACGCAACUGUUCCAUGCCUUUUCUUUCGUCGUACUAGGAAACCGAGAGAUCAUUCCACACCAAUAUAAUCAUAAACGAGACUUUGAACGUGUACUUGUCAAUCUUCUAAAAAAAUACCGUUUUUAAUAACUUCUUGUCAAGUGUUUACAUCGUGUCAUUCCUUCUUCAUAUCUUCUGUGCAGCCUUGAUAUAUCAUACUGUGAAUCUUUGAGCAGACUUCUUUAAGAUAUUAUAUGGAUUGUGUAUUGUAACAAAGAACUGUGUAUGACAAAAAAUAACGAUCUUGAUAGUGCCAAAGUAAGCUUUCAAUUUUUUAAUUGUUUGUUUCAUAUGUUUUAGUUAAAAAUUUUCAAGUUAAAUUGAUACUUUUAAUGAGGCAUCUUGUGUUUUUUUAAAAAAUUGUAAAAAUAUUCAUAAAUCAAUAACUGCGUACUUUAUUAUACGUGUAAAUCAAAUUUAAAUUAAAUUUAAAAAUAUAUUAA